AUGACCAGGCCAUCUAAAAAACAUAUAAUCUCUCCUGAUGCCUAUAGCACCUGCAAAAGAUCUAAAUCAGUCACUAAAGCGAAUAAUGUGAAACCUUAUAAACACACUGAUCAGUCUGCAUCCUACUCUGAUCUUCCCUCAGCCACACUAAACGUGCACCGUUUACUUGGACAAGACAUAUCACUACCUUGCAUCUCGCUUGUCGAUAUAAAUAAGAGCAGUCACAUACCGUUAGAGUCGACAUCAUUUGUCAGUCCAAACAAAAACACCACAUGUUGUGAGCAGUAUUUAGACAGUGCUGUUGAUCCCAAACACCCAGCAAUCUCACAAUCGGCCAUCCUGAGUAGCGGCCCACGGAGUACAUGUAAGCCUGCCUACAAUAGCCAGCCCGGUGAUGUAGAUCUUGACUACUCACCCAGACAUAUACCCCACCCCCCAACUAAGUGUGCACAAAGUGAACAUCCGCUAGACACCUGCAACAGGCCUGUAUGUAACCAUAUCGACCUUAGAAACUUUGAUAUAAACUCCGAUAAUCUCACCACUGGUAGACCUAAAAGCAGCCAAACAGAACUUAGCCUCACCCAAACUAUUCAAGACCUAUUACCUUACAAAUAUUUAAUCAGUGUUCCAGAAAAUCCCGAUCUGGAAAUUAUAAAAAACACUGAAAAAGUAAUUGACCAUAUAUCAUCUGAAGUGUUGAAAAGACUUCAGUGUAUGCAGAAUGUUAUUGUGUAUAAUAUACCUGAUAGUACGAACAUAAAGAUUGCUAAAAAUACUCUGCUACAAGAAUGUGGAUUGUCGCAAUCUUGGUGUGUAACAAGAAGAUUACGUAAGGCACACACUAAAGCCUCCUGUCCCAUUCUAUUUCAGUUUGGUAGCACCACUGAAGCUAAUCACCUCCUCAAUAGUCAGUCAUUACUGAGGCGUAUUCCAACAUUUAAAAAGAUUAGGAUCAUUCAUGACAGGACCGCUAUCCAGCGUCGAAUCUGCAAUGGAACACAAACUGAUCAACCCAGCUUACGUAGCCGUGGCAGCUACAGCUCUUGUCACUGCACAAACCCUAAAAUAUCAUACACUGCCCCCCCAAAAAACGGAGGCACGUCGGACACUGCUAUUAGUCCUAAGGACAAGACCGCACAUAAAGCAGCUACAACCACUCACCCUCAGCCCAGACACUCAGCUACCCCAAAAUGCCAAACCACUUAUGCCUCAAUAGCGUCCAAGUAUUACCCUAGCGGCCCUUAUAAAAUGCCUAAAAAUGAUCCUCCCAGGGAUCGCGCUAACAGCUACAGACCCGCAGACACCGCUGUGCGAAAUAAUACCAAACUCUCCGUAAAAACCCACCAAUACUCCAGCACCCCUAACCCAAAACAUGCACCUUCUCAUAGUAAUAGAAUGCCCUACAACAAACAUAGAGAACUGGCAACACCCACUCAUCCUAAUGUGAAACGACACUCGACAAGAACCACACCCACACGUGAUACCCAUAAGUCAUAUGGUGUCAACCUUGUAAGCCCCAUGAACCAACACAAAACUAUACACAACAGAAACACCUCUCCUGGCAACAAUAACAGGCAUUCCUUCAUUCCCUUACCAGAAACAUACAACCUCCCCAACUGA